AUGUCUCGUCAAAGAAGAGCUGCUGGGGCGGUGAGAGGGCCAUCUUCGGCGCUCACAUCUUUCCUUGCUAAUUUGGGUGUCGAGCCUUCGACUCGACUCACUACAUGGGGUGACACGUCUGCACUUACUCCAGUCUCAAACGACGACAAUCCUCACGUUGCUCACGAUGGCCUUGUCAUUGAGGGGCAGCAAGAUUCAGACCCUGCUGGCGCCGUUACCGCCCGAAAUGUAGUGGCCGGUCCAAGUCAAGUAGGCGACGGGACCACCGAUCUAGAAGCAGAAACCAAGAAGAGAAAGAGGCGUGGUGGGACGGAUAGCGGAUCCGACUACAGUGAACCCAUUCCUAAGAAAACUCGGGAAGCAUCGAUCGAUUCUGAUGAUAUCGAUGCGGAUCAUACUCGUCCAUCUGGACCAAUCAAACCGAAAGCCAGCACAAGCACAACUACCGCUUCGAUCAUCGCUCCAGGUCCUCUCAAGCCCGUGGGAGAUUUUAUGGAAUGCGGUCAAUGUGCUAAGAGAUUCACUGUCGUACACCCUUUUGCCAAGGUCAAAAAAGCUCCGGUAAAGAAAACCGUUGCGGGAAAGAAGGAGAGCCGAGCGAAAAUUAUACACUAUGAGCAAAAGAAGGGAGUCUUAGCGCUCGGCGAUCUGUGCAUCCAAAUAUAUCGAGGACCUGGAUCAACUAGGAGAUAUAGGCGGUAUCAAUAUGGAACCCCUGAGACCGCUCAACUCUUCUACUCAUCCACCCGUGACGAACUGUCAAUGUACGAUUGUACCCGUCUUACACCCGAGGCAUUCAUCACCAUGGCGAAGCUUUGUCCAAAACUCAUCUCUCUUCAUCUUCACUUGUGUGGACAACUUUCUGCAGAUGCCCUCACCACUUGGGGGAAAUCCCUGAAGCAGCUGAAACGUUUGGAACUAUUCGCCCCAUUUCUCGUAAGAAAGGAUGGAUGGAUCAACUUGUUCAAAUCUGUGGGCAAGCGAUUCGAGAGGUUACUCGUCACCCAGUCUCCGAGAAUCGAUGUCGAAAUAAUCCAGAUCCUCACUAAAUCCUGCCCAAACUUGACUGAACUCCGAUUAGCUGAGAUUGGUCUGUUCAACACCGACUGUCUCAUUCCACUCAAAUCCCUCAAAAAGCUCAAAUAUCUCGAUUUAACAGCUCCCGGUACGCCUUUGACCGAUGAUUCCAUUAUCGACCUGCUUUCUGCCAUUGGAGCCACUCUUGAAACCCUGGAUCUGUCCGAUAAUCCUGAUCUAACCGAUGCCAUUCUACCCGCUAUCUCCGCGCAUUGUCCCAAGCUGCAGCGCUUGUCGUUGCGAAACAUGGUCGAGCUUACAGACGAAGGUGUAGCAUCUUUCUUCCUUUCCCUCAAAGAGCGAGGUAGACCUGGAUUGGAAUGGGUGGAUCUUGAAAAGGGACACGAGCUGCAAGAUAAUUCGCUACAAGCUUUGGUCAGCCACUCUGGAUCUACCAUCGAGAAGCUCAGUAUGCUCGGGUGGCGUGAAGUAUCGGCAGAAGCGCUCAGCGAUCUGAUCCAGUGUAAAAACCUCAAAGAGCUUGACCUCGGUUGGUGCAGGCAAGUGACGGACUUUACUGUAAAGGACAUCCUCGAAGGCUGUGACAAGAUUGAAUUGGUGAGAGUGUGGGGUUGCAAUCAGCUCACCGAUGCUAUCCCGCGCAAGAAGGGUGUCAAGGUGAUAGGGGUAGAAAGUCAUUCCAUUUAG